GUGCUGUCAAGUGAAAAAGCUGUGUUGGUAGAUUUAAAGCCUAUUAUGAAGGUGCUGCUGUGACUACAGUUCAUCUUGUGGCCUGAAAAGGAAGUCUGAGAAGGAGGAGAAAUUGGUGGCUCUUCAAGUGCAGUGCAAAGAGGCCUUGCUGGUGGAUUAAAAUCAUAGUCUCAAACUCCUGCUGGGAUUUCUCUUCAUUUUCUGGCCUGAAAGGAAGUUGAGAGAAAGAGGAAGAAAUGACGGUUUCUCAGUGCUCAGUGACCUAUGAAGAUGUAACUGUGAUAUUCACUCAAGAGGAGUGGGCACUAUUAAAUCCUCCAGAGAAGAAACUCUACAGAGAUGUGAUGUGGGAAACCUUUAUGAACUUUCUCUCAAUAGAAAAACUACAAGGGGACCAUUCUACAAAAGAGCAGCAUAACCACCAAGGAAGUAAACAAAGUAAUAUAGUCAAUAUCACUGAAGCCAAAGAAAGAAGUCAAAAUGGUCAAAUACCUCAAGAAUGUGAAUUAAACAACAAAGUAUUCACUUAUUCUUAUCAUCUUCAAAAACAGAAAAGAAUUCACAUUGGAGAGAAACCUUAUGAAUGUAAACAAUGCAUUAAAACAUUCAGUUCUAGUCAUCUUCGAGUACAUGAACGAACUCACAGUGGCAUGAAAACCUAUGAAUGUAAACAAUGUAGUAAAGCAUUCAGGCAACCCAGUCAACUUCAGGAUCAUGAACGAAUUCACAGUGGAGAGAAACCCUAUGAAUGUAAACAAUGUAGUAAAGCAUUCUUUACAUGCAGACAUCUUCGGGAUCAUGAAAAAACUCACAGUGGAGAGAAACCCUAUGGAUGUAAACAAUGCAGUAAAACAUUCCGUUCUUCUAGUCAUCUUCGACAACAUGAAAGAACUCACAGUGGAGAGAAACCCUAUGAAUGUAUACAAUGUAGUAAAACAUUCAGUUCUUCCAGUUCUCUUCAGGUACAUAAAAGAAUUCACAGUGGAGAGAAACCCUAUGGAUGUAAACAAUGUAAUAAAACAUUCCGUUUUUCUAGUAGUCUUCGACAACAUGAAAGAACACACAGUGGAGAGAAACCCUAUGAAUGUAAACAAUGCAGUAAAACAUUCAGGCAAUACAGUUCUCUUUGGGAACAUGAAAGAAUUCACAGAGGAGAAAAACCUUAUGUAUGUAAACAGUGUAAUAAAACAUUCAGGCAACACAGUUCUCUUCGAGAACAUGAAAGAACUCACAGUGGAGAGAAACCCUAUGAAUGUAAACAGUGUUCUAAAACAUUCAUUUAUUCCAGUUCUCUUCGGAAGCAUGAAAUAACUCACAGUGGAGAGAAACCUUAUGAAUGUAAACAAUGUAGUAAAACAUUCAGUUCUUCCAGUUAUCUUCGGAAGCAUGAAAUAGCUCAUAGUGGAGAUAAAUCCUACGAAUGUAAACAAUGUAGUAAAACAUUCAGUCAAUCCAAUCUUCUUCGCACACAUGAAAGAACUCACAGAGGAGUGAAACAUGAAUGUAGACAAUGUCAUAAAGCAUUUAGAUUUUCCAGUACUCUUAGAACACAUGAAAGAAUGCACAGUGGAGAGAAACCCUAUGAAUGUAAACAGUGUAGUAAAGCAUUCAGUCAAUUCUCUAAUCUUCGGACGCAUGAAAGAACUCACAGUGGAGAGAAACCUUAUAAAUGUACACAAUGUAAUAAAACAUUCAGAUUUUCCAGUUCUUUUAGGACACAUGAAAGAUCUCACAGUGGAGAGAAACCUUAUGAAUGUACACAAUGUAAUAAAACAUUCAGUUGUUCCAGUUAUCGUCGGAGACAUGAAAGAACUCACAGUGGAGAGAAACCCUAUGAAUGUAAACAAAGUAUUAAAACCCCAGAAUAUCCCUCUACUCUUCAGGUAUAUGGAAGUGGAGAGAAACCCUAUGAAUGUGAACAAUACAGUAAAGGUUUCCAUUAUUUCACUACUAAUUGAGUAUAUGAAAAUAGGCACCAUGUCAAUAAGAGUCAAUUUGGUAAUCUUUGAACAAAUGAAAUUGCUGUAUGUGGAGAGAAAUUUUAAUAAAAUUUUAAAUGGUUAGAGAUUACAGUUCAGAAUACACAAGUGAACACAUACCUGUGAGUAUUAUAUGAAUGCAAGGAAUUUGAAUAAGCAUUUUAACUCUAAUACUUUGAGAAGCCCACUUGGUACAGAAACUUUAUUAAAUUUGAAUAACAAAUAUUCAAGUAGAAAGACAUUUUUCAUACAUCCAAGUGUACUAACAUUAGAAAAAGAUCUUAUCAGUGUAGACAUUAUAAAAAUACAUUAUACAACUACUAAAUAACUCAUACUAGAGAGAAACUUAUUGAAUAUAAAUCAGUUGAAUAGUAGUGGGUACUUUGUGAACCUUUAUAUUUUUUGUAUGAAUUGUAUCUUGUGGAAAAGUACUUUUGUUUUUUUAUUGUUGUUGUAGUUAUUGUUUCUAUUGAUGUGAUUGUUGUUAGAUAGGACAGAGAGAAAUGGAGAGAUGAUGGGGAGGACAGUGAGCAGGAGAGAUAGACACCUACAGACCUUCUUCACUGCCUGUGAAGCGACACCCCUGCAGGUGGGGAGCCAAGGGCACGAAGCGGGGUUCUUAUGCUAUUCCUUGCACUUUGCGCUACAUGCGCUUAACCCACUGCACUACCGCCCAACUCUCCAAUAUUUAAUACACCAGAGACCAUCUAAUAUUUAGAGAAAAAGUAUAUGCAAAGCUAUUCUCUGUGUAAGUUUUGCAGCAUCUUCACCAACUAAAAUUUAAUUGUAAGUGAUUUAAUGUUUCAAGUAGGUAGUCAUUUUUAGAAAUGUAUAAAGAAUUUAAGCCCACUGUUAAAUUACAAUCAGGUUACCAAUUUGAAACCUUAAGUGUUUAGAUUGAAGGACUAUAUACUCAGAACUGGGGGUCUAUGUAUUAAAGUGUUCAAGACUUUUAAUCUAUUUUUCCAACUCAUAUUGAUUAAAUACUUAUAUGUAAGAUAUACAUAUAUAUAUAUAUAUACAUAUAUAUAUAUACAUAUAUAUAUAUAUAUAUAUAUUUAAAUGGAGCACUGCUUAACUCUGGCUUUUGGUGGUGCGGGGUAUUGAACUUGGGACUUUGGAGCCUCAGGCAUGAGAGUCUGUUUGCAUAACGAUUGUUUUAUCUACCCUGCCCAAUAGUAGUGUAUAUUAACACCAUUCCCAAAGGUCCACCCCUCCUAUAGUGAAGCUGAAUAUCUACCCUCACCCUCCACCCAGAGUUUUUUACUUUGGUGUAAUACUCCAAAAUGAGUCAAAUUCUACUUUGUUUUUCUCUAUCUGUUCUUCCUUCUCAAGUUCUGUUUAUGAGUGGGAUCCUCCCAUACUCAUCUUUUCUUUCUUACUUACCUAACAACACAAUUGUUUCUAGUUCCAUCCAAGAUGGGUCAGAGAAGGUGGGUUCAUGAUUCUUAAUAGCUGAGUAGUAUUACAUUGAGUAUAAAUACCAGAACUUUUUGGGAGUAUGAAUUGACCUGUCAAUGCCCAUGUUCAGUGGGAAAGCAAUUACAGAAACCAGACCUUCAACCUUCUGCAUCCCACAAUGACCUUGGGUCCAUAUUCCCAUAGGAUUAAAGAAUAGGAAAGCUAUCAGGGGAGGGGAUGGGAUACAGAGUUCUGGUGGUGGGAAUUGUGUGAAGCUGUACCCCUCUUACCCUAUGGUUCUGUCAAUGUUUCCUUUUAUAAAUAAAAAAUUGAAAAA